GACCAGAGUGUGGCGCUCUCUACCGCCCGGGAAGCACUGCCUCCGCACAAGGCCGUGGAAGAGGAGUCGGGACCAUCGAUCUUCUCGUCCCGACUGCUGCCGAAGGAGCCUUCCUCCUCGCGGGAGGUCAGGAAGAUGCAUCAAGUCCUCCAGGAGGGCUUGGCGAAGCACACGCAGGUGAGCAGCGGGGACAUCCACCUGGACCUGAUGUUGCACAACGGUCAGCAUGUGCAUAGUCUCAGGGAGCGGCAUGACUUCCCCGGCCUCUUUGAGUCGUUGCUGACCAUCUCUGAGCUGGACUCAUCGACCAAGAUUCAGAUGGUGCUGCGCUUCCCGCGCAUCCACGCGUGCGACUUCUCCCCAAGGAAAGUGGCAGAGUGGCUCGUCACCCGCGGGUAG